GAAGAUGGCAGUUGGGUGCAUUAAUCAAGUCGUAUUUCUAGGUGGGGGCCUUAUAAAUCAGACCCAUCUUUCUAUUCUGUCAAACACAUUGAAUUCUUUCUCACAACAUGGAACGAUCUCUGUCUUUCUUCUUCUCCGCUGGGCUAGCUUUUCUGCUUGCAGCUGCUGCAGUUGGUAGCCAUGCAACGUCCUCAUCUGAGGAUUACUGGCAGAAGGUGCUGCCAAACACUCACAUGCCGGACUCUAUCCGAGAAUUCUUCAACCUGGAUCUGAUCGACGAGAAGACAGGCACCAACGUCGACGUAGGAAAAGGUGGGGUCCACGUGGACACAGGCAAAACGAAGGGUGGCACCACCGUCGACGUAGGAAAAGGAGGUGUCGACGUAAACACCGGAAAAGGCCAGCCCAAGGGCGGCACCACCGUAGGUGUAGGAAAGGGCGGUGUCAAUGUAAACACCGGAAAAGGCCAACCGAAGGACGGCACCACCGUAGGUGUAGGAAAGGGCGGAGUCAAUGUCAACACAGGCCACAAAGGAAAGCCCGUAGUCGUUAACGUCAAACCCGGCGGCAAAUCACCAUUCAAUUACAAUUACGCUGCGUCAACCGAGCAGCUCCACGAUCCAACGCUUACACUCUUCUUCCUUGAGAAGGACUUGCAUACAGGUGCUAAAAUGAAUUUAAUCUUCUCAAAGGCUAUUUCUGUAUCCAAACUCCCUCAUGGGUCAGUAUCCGGUCCGUCGCUCGACGGAAAGAAGCUGCCUGAGAUUCUUAACCAAUUCUCCAUCGAACCCAAGUCUUCAGAAGCUGAAGCAAUUAAGGAAACUCUCCAAACAUGUACUGAGCCUGCAAAUGAAGGUGAAGACAGGUAUUGCGCUACUUCUGUAGAAUCCAUGAUCGACUUUACAGUAUCGAAGAUUGGAACGAAUGUACAAGCAUUAUCUACGACUGUAGAUAAGGAAUCAUCGAACCAGCUGUACACCAUUGCACCAGGAGUUCAAAAGAUGAGUGGACCAAAAUCGGUAGCGUGCCACGCUCAAACAUACGUGUAUCCAGUGUAUUACUGUCAUGAGACUGUCGCUACGACCGCUUACGUUGUUCCGUUGGUUGGAAUGGAUGGUUCAAAGGUAAAGGCAGUUGCGGUUUGUCAUAAGGAUACUUCGUCAUGGAACCCUAAACACUUAUCAUUUCAGGUACUGAAGGUGAAACCAGGGUCUGUUCCUAUCUGUCACUUCAUCCCUCAGGAUCAUAUUGUUUGGGUACAAAAGUAGGAAGUUUGUCUUUUUUUUACUUUAGUAAUACAUAUAUAUAUAUAUAUAUAUACCUAUAGUUGAAUAUGUAGUUGGUGAUUAUGUACCGAUUUAUAUGUUUAUUUUCAGUUUUUUCUUCUUUUUUUAUGAGAGAGAUCUCAGUGUAUGCUUGUAAGACUUUAGUGAUGGAUGAAUAAUAGCAUGUAAAUCUCUCUUAUGGUGUUUAAUCUGCGAGAGAUAUGUUGCUUAUAUACAAGCAAUCCAUAUUACAGAAAA